AAUCAAGUUCAGUUGCGCCGCAUACGCGUCGCGGAAAUGUUUCGCUGCUGCCACCCUCCCAAUAUUACAGAUAUAUAUUUAUAUAUAUCGUCAGAAAUCGGGCAUAAAUAAAACCGACCGAAAUAAUCGAACGCGACGCCGCCGUCCUGCAUCCGAGUCCUUGUGUUGUUUUCCAAUAAAACUCGCUCCCGAAAUAAUCAGUAAAUAUUAAGGAGCCCGUGUCCUUUUGUUAAUUGACCGUUACCGUUUCCAGUUGGCGCCAUGAGGGAACCGCCCGUGGCGGUGGUGCUGGCCCUAUGGCUCCUUGGCUCGGCAAUGCCACCCGCCGCCUCUGGAUCGGCGGUGCUCAUCUCGGACAUGACCAUGACCGUAAUGGUGGAGCUGUCAUCACGGCAUCCCUUCUGCAAGAUGCACACAGACCGUGGGGAUAUCCAACGCAUGCUGCUCCAAUCCGAUCCACGACGCAUCCGCCAGGUGCCACGGGAAUCGGUGAUGGAGCUGGAGGAGGUGUGCCGCCGCCAGGGCUCCUAUGGCCACGAGUUUCGCGGCGGCCUGGGCUUCAUCUAUCCGGGAACAAAGUGGUGCGGCCCAGGUACGGCGGCCACCAGCUACGAUGACCUGGGGCCGCAUGCCCGGGAGGAUCGAUGCUGUCGGGAGCACGACAUGUGUCCGGAUGUGCUCAAUGUCGGCGAAUGCCGGCGGGGGCUGUGCAAUCGUGGUACCUUCACGAGGAGCCACUGUGACUGCGAUGCCCGAUUCCGGCGGUGUUUGCAGGCGGCCAACACGGAGACGGCAAACACUCUGGGAGCGAUCUUCUACAAUGUGGUCCAGGUGACAUGCUUCCAGGAGCGCAGUCCCUGCUCGGCGCACCAGAGAGCCGGAUAUAACCAAACGGAACAGGAGGCCAUCUGCGCUCAGUGGCAGUACCAGCCAUCGGAGAAGUAUGUGCCCAGUCAGCCGAGAACGUCCUCGUAAGGAGCGGAGCGAAUCAGCCCAGAUGGUGACGACGACAACAAAGAAACACCUUCAAUCUGAU